AUGAAAACGUGUUCCGUAUCGAUUGGCAAAGACAGGGUCAAGGGCGGCAAUGCACUCAAGAUUGUCGCAAACUCUGUCGAUGUAGCCUCUGAUGGGGCCACGGCCUGGCUCACGGACGAAGCUGGCGUUACACCAGUGUUGGGCACGAACGUAGCGCAGCAAAGCCUGCUCCCCCUCCACUGUUUCGCUGAUGAGGAUGUUUCCACAGCUGUUCGGGCGGAGGUUGAUGUGGUGCCCCCGGCGCAUAUGCCUAUAGAGCGAGGUGGAAACGUCGAACACCAUUCCACACAUCCGACUGGCUCCAACAGGAACCCAGCAGAUGCCGCCAUGCACGCAACUGAGACAGGGCUGCCCGUUCUCCCACCCAGUGGGAGUGGCAUUCGUUUCCUCGCCCUCGCCAACACCAUCGGACUCAGUGGCAGCAGGAGGGCCACAAGGCGUGGAGCCUGCGGCAUAAUUUGACCCAACACGGGGAAACUCACCAGGUCCAGACAAAAUAAGGAUUGACAGAUUGAGAGCUCUUUCUUGAUCUUUUGGAUGGUGGUGCAUGGCCGUU